AUGCCUCCUAAAGCACCUCCACCUAGGCCCCGUGCGGGCCAAUACCGGAAGCCAGCCUACCGCGGCCGCAUCGAAGGUCUAGGGAGCCCGGCGCCGACUUCUUUGCGAGCAACAACCCCUACCUUUAUGCGAGCCUCCACACCAAUCAUGUCGCGAAAGGCUGGUGCAAAGACCAUGAAAUGUUCCAACCCAAGCUGUCCGAGCCCUCACAUUGUUGAAAGCGAACAAGGACUGAUUUGUGACACUUGUGGUGCUGUCGCUCAGGAGGAAUCCGGCCUUGUGUCCGAACAAGGCUUUGGCGAGACAGACUCUGGCCGUAUUACUGCGCUGGGUGUCCACGUUGGAGAGUCACAAACUCAUCAAAGAACCUACGCCGCCGGUGGCGCCUUGGGAAAUGCAGGCCGUGAGCCCACCAUCAAUCGCGACAGAUCUGAGGCACAUGCUCGAACUAUAAUGCUGUCCUAUCAGUCUCUGCUUGGUGUGAGACUCGCCGAGGUGGAGGCCGGUAUGCAGAUCUUCAAACUGGCAUGGGGCAACUCGUUCGUCCAGGGCAGAACCAUCGAUAGCGUCGCUGUUGUCUGCUUGUAUCUGGCAUGUCGUCGAAAACACGAGCAAAUCCGAAACGAGCGUCGGCCAAUGUACAGUCUCAUGCUGAUCGAUUUCGCCGAGAAAUUGAACAUAGACGUCUUCGCCCUCGGAAAGAUGUAUUCGGAUUUGAUUCGCAGACUCUACAUGCAGCCUGAUGGGAGCAUUCAAGGUGAUGUCAGCGCCGAGCUUUUAGCAAUGGGGCCUGAAGUCCUGGUGAACCGUUUCGUCGAUGAACUGGAGUUUGACCGGGAGCAUCGGGAUAAGAUCAAAAUGGAUGCGAUUAGGAUCGUUCAACGAAUGAAACGAGAUUGGAUGUCGACUGGACGGCGGCCAUCUGGUGUAUGUGGCGCCGCCGUCAUUCUUGCCGCUCGAAUGAACAACUAUCGUCGUACCACCAGAGAGGUGGUCCUGACGGCCAAAGUCACUGAGAUCACCAUCAACAAACGCCUGGAAGAGUUCCAAGACACGGCCAGCAGUAAACUCUCGAUUACACAGUUCAGGGACAACCAGAUUCUUGACGCUCUGACACCUGCAGAUCCACCUUCAUACCAACGAGCACGGAAUCCAAAUGAAAAGAAGAAGAGAGGUCGGCCGAAGAAGCGGCCUCUGCCGGAAAGUGAGACUGCUGCUGAGAUUGAGGGAGAUGGCAAUAGCCCUGAACCAGCAGUCACCCAAGAAGCGGGUGACAACCAACGACCAGCUAAACGCGUCCGGAUUGAUGCAGAUGGCUACAAGAUUCCUGAAGUCCCCACGAGGCAAACUCCCACCGACCCGCCUUCUGCCAUCACUCCCAACUCGGCGCAACCCCAAUCGACCGCGGACAAGGAGGCUUUCGUUCCCUCGCGAGAACCGAGACCAACCACGGUUACCAGGACUCCGCGAGCGCCGCCACCGCCUGCGUCUGCUGCCGAGCUCGCCAUUGAAAGUGAAAUCGAGCAUGACGUUCUCGAGGCUCUGCGCGAGAAUCCAGAUCUUGUACCCAACCAACAACAAGAUCAGCCCAGCGCAUCCCUUGCUCUGCCACAGCCCGGCUCUGCAGAAGAAGACCAGCUCUCCGAUAUAAUCGCUACCAUCCCUUCUGGCAAGGAUAAGACCCCCGGCCCAGCCGUCAACACGAAAGAUGGGAAUCUUGGUCAUGUUUCGCUCUCACCCACCCUUCGCCCGGAUGAAUUCGACUCGGACGAUGACGUUUCGAGCUGUUUACUGAGUGAGGAGGAAACUCGUAUCAAAGAGCGUGUCUGGGUUAGUAUGAAUGCGGAUUGGUUGCGCCAGGACCAUGUCAAGCGGAUCAAGCGUGAGCUCAAAGAGGCGGAAAUGCGGGCACAAGGCCUCGAUCCUGACAAGGAGGCGCUGAGACAAGCACAGGCUAAGGGAAAGAGAAAGGAUGGGACCAAGCGACCAGGCCGAAGGGGUGACGUCAGCUACUUGAAUGAGCCCGACGGGGAGCGCAAUAAGCCUGGCGAAGGAGUCGAGGGUGGCGCUGAAGGCCCAGCUGACCGAGAGCGGAGUGCGGCGGAGUCGGUACGCAAAAUGUUCAAGACCCGCGGCGUGUAUUCAAGACGAGUCAACUACGACGUGCUUGACUCGAUUUAUGGUUUGGCCGGUGCUGAGAGCCCAUCGGAUGGGAGUCGCAGCCGCAGCCAGAGCGUUGCCAGCAUGGCUCCAGGAUUGGAACACGGAGACCGAGAAGCAAGUGUGGCCAGUACCGUUGCCUCCAAUGCAGAAGAUGCAGGUGUGACAGUGGGAAUAUUCCGCGGCAAUGCUGCACGCGAAGGAUCCCGCCAGCGUAGUCGAGCCUCUACUGCGGUGGACAGACGUGAGAAGAAACGCAAAGAACAGCGCAGCGUGAGUCAAGAAAAGGAACUAGGUGAUGCACACACUGCGAGAUCUGUGUCACGGAGCAGAAGUCCCAGCGCAGUCCUUCCUGAUGGUGAGGCAACAAGCCGACUUGAAAUGCAAGCGUCGGGUCGUGAAAGCCAACAGAAAGCCGAACCAUCUCCAGAGCAACAACAACUCCCAACGCCUCAACCGUCGCAGUCCCAAGAAAUACCCUCGGUGACAUCGUCAGGAGCUGCCAAUGUGUCCGUGCCAGCUGCAACACUGCUGAGACCGACAUCGCACGAAAGAGACUCUUCUCAACUGACUGGAGAUGGCGCCGGCGAGGAAGAAGUUCUGGGUCCAAUUCCGGGUGCAACAGGCCAAGAUGAUGACGACGAGGAUCUCCUUCGUCUUGUUCGUCUACGAGGCCUCGAAGAUGGAGGCGAAGACUACGACGAUGACGACGAUGACGACGAUGACGAGGACGAGGACGAACAGGAAGGGGAUGUUGAUGCCGCAUUUGAGGGCAGAUAUGGCGGCCAUGAAUGA